AUGAGUAGCAGUUUCGAUAUCCAGCCUGUCGGGCGAUUCCACGGCCAGAGCGCUGUAAUCAAACGUCCAAAGGAAAUUGCAUGCUUCUCAUACGAUGAUGAACAUAAAUUUCGUCUUGAUGAUUCAUCCAUCAGAUACUAUUAUCCACCUACCCUGGGCGCCGAUCUAUCCAAGGGUUUCGAUACCUUUGAGAAGCUCGAUGACACCGCGGAUGAUCAUCUCGACAGUCUACUCAAGACGAUUAUGGCUCUUGAGCAGAAGGAUGGGAAACGGGUAGAGGCAGAUGUAAUUACAUGGCGAGGCAUGAUGACCAAAUUUCUGGCAGCCAUUUUCACGGACAGAGAUGGGUGGGCAUACCUGGCCAGAAAUACUUUACAGGCUGGAACUGACAAAACUUGUCCAGGGGACUAUGUAGGAAUUCGAUCAAUAUCUUCAAACGACAUUACUAAGGGAUAUAGAUUUAUCGAAGAGAAUCAUGGCUACAAAUUGGACUCGCAAAGACGGCAAAGCCAGCAGAGACCGCAACCUGGCAGACCGUCACAAGACAUGAUGAGCUUUUGGGGUUAUAAAUUCGAGACUCUUUGCUUAUUGCCUAAUACCUGGGAUGAGACACCAAGAGAUUUCAUUGAGAAUCGGGAAAAUGAGAUUGUGAAUAAUCAUGCGCAGUAUUGUUCUGUGGUCAAGACUGGAAUUGGCAGAGGGGUGAAUGAUUGGGUUGAACUGAAAACAAGCGCUGAGAUUCGAGGCGAGAGAGAUAUGGUAAAUUUCGAGAGAAAACUGAUGAAGUUCUGGAUACAAUCUUUUCUACUUGGAGUUCCCAAGAUCAUUGUUGGGUUUCGGAGCCCUGACGGCAUUCUCAAACGUCUCGAAAAUAUCAGCACCGCAUCAAUACCCAGCACCGUGCAGCGAAAGGGAAAUGGAACUUGGGAUGGGAACAUGUGUAUAAAUUUUGCGGCACAAUUGUUGGAUUUCUUAAAAGCUACGAUAACAGAGGAUGGUGUAUGGAGGAUUCGGAGGAAGGAACGUUCUUCUGCCAUUGAAGUAUUUAGGGUUGAAGAGGCAGGCCAUGGGGAUAUUAUACCAGACGACUUCCUCAAUUGGAGGAUCAAACUCGCGGUACAGAGCCAGACAUCGUCGGAGUAA